AUGGAUGGAAGGCCAACGGGAGCUGUUCGAGUAUCCUUUGGCAGGCAGUCCACAUCUGAGGAUGUCUAUGCCUUGGAGCAAAUGAUCGACUGCUGUUUCCUUGGCGUUCAACUACCGAUUGAUAUCGGUUAUCACUUGAGCCUUUCCAGCUACUCGGCCGUUGUGUCCCGUAUUGUUACGUAUCCUGUUAAAAGCUGCAGGGGGAUCGUCUUGAACAAAGGUGUUCUAACCAAAACUGGACUUCAGUACGAUCGUGCGUUUAUGAUCGAAUGCUGUGGAACGCCAGUUACUCAAAAACGACAUCAGAAGCUGUGCAAAAUCAUCACAAAGUUGGACUACAGCGACAUGACCUUAUCCCUUACAAGCGCUGAUGACAUGGCAGCAUCAGUGCGAGUACCACUGCACAAAGUCGGUGGUACUGCUCGGAAAAAUGGCAUUGUUUGUGUGAACCGUGUCGGAACAGCUGAAUGUUCGGCGUCUGCAUCCGCGUGGGUGACAUCGUUUCUGGGAUUGCCUGAUUGUAAACUUCAACGGCUUCUGGAAGAUUCAGAACCGGAGUCUUCGAAUGAGAUGCUCCAUACCAUUCUUCGCUAG